AUGAUAGUUUGUUUUAUGUACUUGUCCUUGAUUGAUUUAUGUACUUCUCUUUCUGUUUUAGGUUAUGGUCAAACUGGUCCAGUGGCUCAGAGAAGUGGAUAUGACUCCAUUGCUGCUGCUGUUUCUGGUCUUAUGCAUAUCACAGGGCAUGAGGAUGGUGAGCCAGUUAGACCAGGAGUAGCCAUGACAGAUCUUGCUACUGGAUUGUAUACAUAUGGAGCAAUUAUGGCUGGUUUGCUUCAGAGGUAUAAGACAGGCAAAGGACUACACAUUGACUGCAAUCUCUUGUCAACUCAGGUUGCAUGUCUCACUCAUGUAGCAGCUAAUUACCUUAAUUGCAAAAUUGAAGCAAGACGCUGGGGUACUGCUCAUGGGAGUAUUGUUCCAUAUCAGGCUUUUAAGACCAAGGAUGGCUACAUUGUGGUGGGAGCUGGAAACGAUCAUCAGUUUGUCACUGUGUGCAAGAUCCUGAAUUUGCCUGAAGUUAGCAAAGAUUCCAGAUACAAAACUAAUACACUCAGAGUCCAGAACAGAAAAGAACUUAUUGACAUAUUUUCAAGCCGGUUUUCAGAAAAAGCAACGAUGGAAUGGUUGCAGCUUUUUGAAGGUAGUGGGGUUCCAUAUGGCCCAAUCAACAAUAUGCAGCAAGUAUUCUCGGAUCCUCAGGAGCGGUGCUCCAUCCAGCCCUCCGAUCAUCUUCAUGGCUCUCCUUAUGACUUGCUCCAACAGGUCAAUGUCCUUCCUGUGCUGAAGACUCCUAAUCUGGACACAAUACUCCAGGUUCCUCUGGAUGGCAUCCCAUCCUUCAGGCAUGCUAACAGCACUAUUCAGCUUGGUGUCAUCUGCAAACUCGAUGACGUAUUGUACCAUUUGUCACCAAGAUGUACUGUGUGGGUGUCAACAAUCAUGAAAGUGUAUGCCAGCUCAGCUGUCAGUAAUGCUGCAAAGGAUGCUCUAGACUGGUACAAGCCAAAGAGAGAAAUUUUGGGAGUGGGCUGGAAUAAUGCAAGGGAUGACUGGAAGCAAUGUGACGAAAUAGGAAGAAAGAGAAUCAAAGGAGAUGACAUGAACUGGUCUAAUGGAACUCAAUUGGCUACAG